AAAUCUGCAUGCAAGCAAUCCGGAACAGCACAAUCCCAAACGAUAACAGAUUAAAGUUAUCCACUGGCAAUAACAGCCUGAACAUUGGCUGGAAGAGCGUGGCAGGGAAAGAGAAUUUUGAUGUUGCUGCCGUUGUCCUUAUCUGGUACAAACAUCUGGGCUCUCUUAUGGAACCGAACCUUAUGGAAGGCUGCGAGAAUGAAAGCAAGCUGGGGCUGAACUCAGACAUUGUUAGUGCUGCAGUAACGAACACAGGCAGGAGCCACCUCCUGGAACCAGUCACUCUCACCUUCGGCAACAAGAAGCCCACUGAUAAAAGAGCCAAGUGUGUCUUCUGGAACAGCUCAAACUUCAGCUGGUCCACUCAAGGCUGCCAAUUGGUUGAGUUCAACGCAAGAUACACAGUGUGCAACUGUACGCACCUGACAAGCUUUGCGGUGCUCAUGGCCCUGGAUGUAAUAGAGGGGAAUGAUGCUCACAAUCUAGAUCUGAUCACUCUGGUCGGCGUUAUUGUCUCUCUGGUUUGCCUUGCGCUGUCAGUCCUCACCUUCACCCUGUGUCGGGCCCUUAAAAGUAUCAGGACCACCAUCCACACUCACCUGUGCAUCAGCCUCUUUUUGGCACAACUGCUGUUCAUCUUUGGAAUUGACAAGUUCGAAUAUCAGAAUCUUUGUGCCGUCAUCGCUGGAUUCCUGCAUUAUUUCUUCCUGGCCUGUUUUUCCUGGAUGCUCCUGGAAGGUGUGCAGCUUUACCUCAUGCUGGUGAAAGUCUUCAAUGCAAAGUGUAUGAGACCAACGUACAUGUACUUGUUUGGCUACGGUUGCCCCCUGAUUAUUGUUGGCAUCUCAGCAGCCGUGUAUUCCCAGGGAUAUGGAACAAAGGAGCAUUGUUGGUUGGAUCUAAAUUCAGGAUUUAUCUGGGCUUUCCUGGCUCCGGUCUGUGUGAUUAUUCUGGUCAAUGGAGGAUUUUUUAUUAUGACUGUGUUGAAACUGGCUGAAAAGUUUUCAAGUGUCAAUCCUGAUAUGGGCCAGUUGAAGAAAAUCAGGGUCUUUACCUUCACUGCUGUCGCUCAGCUCUGCCUCCUGGGAUGUACUUGGAUAUUUGGCAUGUUGCACUUCCAGAAGGAAACAAUUGUCAUGACCUACAUCUUCACUGUGUUCAACAGCAUGCAAGGAAUGUUCAUCUUCAUCCUGCACUGCCUCCUUAACAAGCAGGUGAGGGAUGAGUACGCCAACUCCUUCCACCGAUUAAAGAAAGACUCAAAAUACUCUGAGUUUUCAACUUCAUCGACGCAGGGUCGGAGAAGCGUUCAUGAGACUGGAAUGUGAUUGAAAGCACGAGAGCUCUGCAGAGCUGGCUACAGCUGCUUCUAAAGCGAGAGACACAGAGCACAAGAGCAACAGCGCACUGACUCUCUUUGCUUGGGACUGUAACUCGCCUCUCCACUGGGACUGCCCCAUUGCUGCUGCCACCCUCUCCCCAUUCUUACCUCCAUCGCUCUGUUUCAAUCUGCUACAAACUUCAGAAGAAAGAGGCGAGAAGUUGCAGCUGAGAGUUGAGCUGCUUCAGCUCUCUGCUUCUAUUGAGCAUGUACAUAGCAGGAGUUCAUAGCUUCUACAUUGUUGAACAGACUGUCCAAUAAUAAGCAUGGUAGCAUCUAGCCUGGAUUCUGGGGAACGGAAGAGUUGCCUUUCACUUCAAGCACCUCCCUGGGCAGAUGGGAUGAUGUCCGUCUGGCUUUAAGGUUGUUUGAUUUGGUGAUUCUCUAUUUGUUGGCUAUUGGACAGUGGUUGGCAAGGUGACAAACCAGGAUUCAGCCAUCAGAAGGUGAGCACAGGCAGCACAGGUCAAUGAGUGCUCGUGAGUUGGGAAGGAGUUUGCUUGGGGUCCAACAUGGGCAGGGUGGAUGUCUAGCAGGUUUAGAGUUGAGUUAGUAUUCAAUGCAUCCAACGACUGCCCUGCCCUUGGCUAGAUGUGGCCCUGGAGCUCAGCUAGCGUUUGUAAGCUGGCAGAGGGUGUGUCCCAGACUGGCUUUUGCCUGCUGUUGGGUUGGUGACACAAUAUGAUGACAAGAGUGCAUGUGAGCUACAAACCCAUUCCCCAUCGCCGCCCAUCAUUAUUUGGAGCUUUUCAAGAGCCAACAAAAAGCAGGUUGUAAAUGCCACAGGCAACCACAUCUCCUGAUUGGUUCGGGACAUGUGAGGCACAGAUGAGCUUCUCUCUCUAGCCAGUGUCGAGGGUGAAAAGCCGAAGGGUAAUAAAGCUUGAACAGGACCCACCGGUCACCAGGUGAGAUGCCAGAGUCUGGCCCAGGCUGCUGCUCAGCCCUGAGUCAGGCCCAGUGCAAGUUCCUCAGCAGAGAAUCAGCACGAGGCAGCCGUCACACGGGACCCCAUCUCCUCCCGGUUCCCUCCAGCCCCUCGGCACCAGCUAAUAGCCGCCACCAUUGAGUGAUACCCACCACCAUCUCACCACCACAUUAUCUGGGUGGAGUGGUUCAUGGAUGGACCUCCCAAAGACAGUGUGGGACGGAACACUCAACCCUGCCUUUGCCUGAGGCUGAUGAAUGAAAAUGCAGCCAGUGCUGAGCACGGCUGUGGUUCCCAGUGCCCCGGGUUUGCCCUGUAACUGCCGCAGGUGAGACAAAGGAGGUUUCACCGGCUCAUACGGAGGAAGCAGGAAGGGAAAGCUGGUUACACCUUGUUACUGUGUACUGAUACGUAGAAAUGCAAACUUUUUAAAUAUGCCUGGCCUUUAUUGAAUAAAAUAUCAUCCUGAUCUGUGGGUCUUGUUAA